AUGUCCCCUGAUCAGAUUGAAAGGUGGUCGAAGUAUAGUAAUGUUGUUUUGAAUGAUAAUACUAGCAUUACUAAUCAUUAUGAGAUGGUGUUGUUGCUUUUUUUAGUGGUUGAUAACUAUUUAUCUUCCAGACUUGUGGCUCAAGCAUUAACAGAUAACGAGACAAAAGACACACAUAGCUGGAUUUUGCAGCAAAUUAAACAAGCAAUACACAGAGCUAUUCCACAGAUUAUCUUUACAGAUGCAGACCCUGCCUUAAUUGCUGCAAUAGGUAAUAAAUUUUCAACUACAAAUGCACUUUAUUACAUGUUUCACAUUGCACAAAAUAUUCCUUUAAACUUGAAAAGUCAUCUUAAAGACAAUUUUGAUGAUUUUAUUAAAGAUUUCUUAGAAGUGCAACGAAUCAGCUUUGUUACAAUAUUUGAAUAUUGUAAUGAGAGUGUGGUUAAUUACUUGCAGCAGCUUUAUGCAAAUAAGAAAUUAUGGGCAAAGGCAUUUGUCCUUAAAUUAUUUAUAGCAGGAAUAUCAUCUAUGUCACAGGUUAAAAGCUAUAAUGCAAAGGUUAAGAGAUUAAUAUUUAAUUCCAAUACAACUCUGUUAGAACUUGUGGAAAAAUUGACAAUAUAUGUUCUUGAAGAAGACAAAAAAACAGAAUAUGCUUUAUUUCAUGUGUUAGUUCCUAAAGCAGCUUUGGUUGCAGCAGCUGAUAAACUAUCUUCUAAUAAUGAUAGUGAUGUUGGUUUAAACAGCAAUUCAAAUAGUAAAAGUGAAGAUAAUACUAGUAAAAUCAGAAAAAAGAAGUUUGAUCCAAAAGUGUUAAUGAAUCUUCAUAAGGGUAAGAGUAAGGGUCAGCUUAAGGAAACUGAUAGAAUACGACAUGCUAAUGAAUCAUCAAAAAAAGCAAAAUGCAAGUUACACU